UCUGAAUCCUAUUCGAUCGUACCACUUUCCUGUCUGUGACCUCCACCUUAUGAAGUACGUCGCACGAUCACGAAACUGAGUUGCGGAAGCGUGUGCGCGCAAGCUUGAAGAGAGAGGGAACGAGAACAUUCGUUUCUUUUUUUUAAAUGAGAAAUCUUGACAUGGUUCCUACUCCUGAUUUGAAUCCUUGAAUUAUAUAAAUUAUAAGUUCCAUUUUAACAGUGCAUUUUAGAAGUACCUCUUUCAAAAGCAUAAACGAAAUCAACAAUCAUUCUCAAAAUUGUAGCCAAAAUUUCAUCUCUCUAAAAGAAUCUCAUCAAAAUAGUUCUCAUCUGAAGUAUGGUUAGUGAUUGGCGUCCUUUUGCUUAUGGUGGGCUUGCAUCAAUUGCAGCAGAAUUUGGAACGUUUCCAGUUGAUACAACGAAAACUCGUCUCCAAGUUCAAGGUCAAGUGUCAGAUGCCAAAUUCAAAGAAAUCAAGUAUAAGGGCAUGACUCAUGCCCUUCUUCGAAUUUCUAAGGAGGAAGGAAUCAAGGCUUUAUAUUCAGGAAUUAAACCAGCACUUUUAAGGCAGGCUACUUAUGGCACAAUCAAAAUUGGCAUUUAUUACUCAUUGAAAAGUAUAGUCAUUAAAAAUCCUCAUGAUGAAACUUUAUUUAAAAAUGUUUUGUGUGGUAUCACAGCAGGAGUCAUUGGUUCAUCAAUUGCAAAUCCUACUGAUGUCUUAAAAGUUCGUUUACAAGCAGAAAAAGAAGCAUAUGCUGAAAAAGGAAUGCUAAGGUGCUUUUUAGAUAUAUAUAAAAAUGAAGGCGUGAAAGGUUUAUGGAGGGGUGUGUGCCCAACAGCUCAAAGGGCAGCUGUUUGCGCAGGCGUUGAGCUUCCAGUAUAUGACAUAACAAAAAGGAAUCUCAUCUUAUCCGGUACCAUAGAAGAUGGUGUUUUCAAUCAUUUUGUGUCUAGUUUCACUGCCGGUUUAGCUGGUGCAGUAGCGUCUACACCUAUUGAUGUUGUUCGGACAAGACUGAUGAAUCAAAGAAAACUCAGAACUGCCAUUGUAGAUGGUGCCCGAAUGCAAGUUCUCUAUACAGGGUCAUUUCAUUGUGCAAUUCAUACUGUACAGACAGAAGGACUUUUAGCUCUUUACAAAGGUUUUGUGCCAACGUGGGUUAGAUUAGGACCUUGGAACAUUAUAUUUUUUAUAAUGUAUGAACAGAUGAAGCGCCUUUACUGAAGGCCUAUCAGAUUUUAUGCCUCCUUGCGAACUUAACUUAAAUGCCAGUAGGAAUAUUCUGAAGUCCAUGGCCCAAGCUUAAACCACUCUUCGCUUCAUUUGCUGACAAUUUUUUGCUGUUGAAUUGGAGAGUUUCUGCAAAGUGUUUGCAGUAUUAGAUAUUUUUGUUAGGACUAUUUUAGAGUCAAUCAUCUUGUUUUAUUUAUUUUGUUUUGUUUACAAAAAUAUCUAUUUUCAGCAAAUUUUCGAGAAGUUUAUACACAUAUACUUGUAUAUAUAUCUUUCUCUAUAUAUACACACUUUGUUUGUUUCAUCCUCCCAAAUGUGAUAAUAUGGCAUUGGUUAAUAAAUUUUAUUCUAGUGGA